AUGAUGCAUCGGUCACAACUUUUAAAGACACUCCGCUCGCCAAGGCUGGCGCUCUCGCCGCGUUCAUGCCGUACAGUGUCUCCCCAGGCCCGUGCCGCGUUCUCCACUUCGGGGCGGCGCGACAUCAUGAGCAUGACUGGUUUCACAGAAGAACAGCUCAUGGUCCGAGAAGCCAUCUCGCAGAUUUGUUCGAAAUUCCCAAACACAUACUGGCAGGAGCGAGAUCAACAAGAGAAAGAUCCUAAGGAAUUCCAUGCUGCGUUGGCCAAGGAUGGAUGGCUUGGUAUUGCUUUACCCGAGUCCCUCGGGGGUGCUGGCUUGGGAAUCUCUGAGGCAACAAUGAUGAUGCAGACUAUCACACAAUCUGGUGCCGGUAUGGCAGGUGCACAGUCUAUCCAUGCCAACGUCUAUGCAACGCAACCAUUGGCCAAGUUUGGUAGCAAGGAGCAAUUGGAGACGACUAUUCCAAACAUCAUCAAUGGAACAUGGCGUACUUGCUUCGGUGUCACUGAGCCAAACACCGGACUUGAGACUUUGAAGCUGACCACACUUGCUCGCAAGACCGACGAUGGUUACUCCGUCUCUGGGCAAAAGAUCUGGAUCACCUGUGCCCAAGUUGCUUCGAAGAUGAUUCUCCUCGCACGUACCACUCCACUCGAAGAAGUCAAGAAAACCAGCGAAGGUCUCUCAAUCUUUUGUAUUGAUCUUGACCGAGAAAACCCAGGCCUUGAUCUGAAGAAGAUCAAGAAAAUGGGUGGGCGCGCUGUCGACGCCAAUGAGGUCUUCUUCGACAAUUAUAAAAUUCCAGCAAACACUUUGAUUGGCAAAGAAAAUGAAGGGUUCAAGAUCAUCCUCCACGGCAUGAACGCAGAACGAUGUCUUUUGGCCGGCGAGGCGCUUGGUUUAGGUUACGCUGCAUUGGAAAAGGCGUCACAGUAUGCUAAGGACCGCGUUGUGUUUGGGCGACCGAUCGGACAGAACCAGGGUGUGGCACAUCCACUAGCCGAUGCUUUCAUGAAACUGGAAGCAGCGAAACUCGCUACCUACCACGCAGCACGCUUGUAUGAUACCAACGACAGUUCUGUUCCAUUCCAUGAGAUCGGUGUGGCAUGCAACAGCGCCAAGUAUCUGGCCGCUGAGGCAGCUUUCACGGCGUGUGAGCGGGCUGUCCUAGCGCAUGGUGGUAUGGGGUAUGCGAUGGAGUACGAUGUGGAGCGCUAUAUGCGCGAGUGUUUUGUUCCUCGUAUCGCGCCUGUGAGUCGGGAGAUGAUCCUGAACUAUGUGAGCGAGAAGGUGCUCGAACUGCCCAGGAGCUAUUAG